UCAGUGCACUUUUGAAGCCUUGAUCAAACGGAUCUGAAAAUGAUGCUGAGCCCCGAUCAGACGGAUCCUGACCUCACCUGGACACAGCCGGACACGGAGUGUUUGAACAUCAUGACGGUGGAAUGUGUGGCUCACGAGCCCUUUGGGGCUGAGGAUGGCAAGACUCGCGCACUCGUGCCAGCCGCGCUCACCAGAGAGGAGAAGAGACGGAGGAGGCGCGCGACUGCAAAAUACCGUUCUGCGCAUGCGACGCGCGAGCGCAUCAGAGUGGAAGCGUUCAACGUAGCGUUCGCUGAGCUAAGAAAGCUGCUACCAACACUUCCACCCGACAAGAAACUGUCCAAAAUAGAAAUACUUCGCCUAGCUAUCUGUUACAUUUCUUAUCUUAACCACGUUUUGGACGUCUAAACAAACUUUCGGCACAUUUAUCUUAAAACAAAACUCUACGAGUGUGUAUAAAGAACAGUUUUAUAGAUAUUGAGAAGUAGCAUAUUCCAGCAGGUCACAAAUAUCUAUAAAAAAGAAAGAAAAAAGGGUAACACUUUAUAAUAUAACUUUCAGAAAUAGGCUAUGUUUUGUUGUCUGUCUCCACUAAUUUAGCCUAGGCCUACUACAAAAAAGGAAAUCAGAACAAAAGGUUGGGAGGA